AUGGAAGUCUUUAUGCUCAUUGCAAUCUACGCUGUAUUACCCAUGUGUGUAAGCAGCACCAUUUAUUACGUGGACGCUGGAAGUAAAGGCAGUGACUCGAAUACCGGACAAACCACCGACAAACCAUUCAAAACCAUUCGCACGUGCAUCGAUGCACUGAGCUCCGCAGGAGACGAGUGUCAUAUCCGUGCGGGGCGCUAUCACGAGCCACAAUUCCCUAUAGCUAAUAAAAAGGGCAGCUUGUCUCAACCUAUAAUCAUACGGGGGUAUGGAAACGAGAAUCCUGUCAUCGACGGAACAAUUCCAUUGAAGCCACGUGGAAGCUCGUCGUGGGUGCGAGGAAGCGAUGGAAUCUAUAGCGCCCAAAUCAAUCAGGAAAUCUGGCAGCUUUUCGUUGGCGAAGAAAUGAUGACGAACGCACGCUGGCCAAACGCCUUGUGGUCGGACAAGACUGUAUUUAAAAAUAGCCAUUGGGCGAAGUCUGCUUCGAGCUCAACCCGCGGAACAAUGGUUGAUAAUGGUGUUAAAGACUUGGCUGGAAGUAGAUUAAACGUAACAGGAGCAAUGGCAGUUCUGAACAUCGGAAGCUUCAAUACUUUUACUGCUAAGGUCGAAAGUCACGUGCCUGGAAGAAGUUCCUUUACAUAUAAAGACACUUUUGGAAGUAUAAAGUUCAAGCCGGCCAGUAACCAGUACUUUUUAGAGGACAAGCUUGAGUUCCUUGACAAUGAUGGCGAGUGGUUUUUUAAUCAAAGCACGAAAACUGUCUAUGUGAAGACCCCAGAUGGAGCGACCCCCGCGGGGAGAAUUCGUGGAAAGGUGCAGACCUACGCUUUCACUAUUUCAAACUGCGAAUAUCUGCAAUUCAAACAACUGACGUUUUUUGGCACCACUUUCAAAACGCUCCCAACGAGCAGACGGAGAGUUAUUGGGAACCUAACGUUUGACUCGAUCAAUUUCAACUUCCCUUCAUAUUCCAAGCGCAUGCUCGGUGUUACUGAUCCUCCACUCUGGACAUUCAUCCGAGCAUCUCGAAGGCGCAGCUUCGAGUUGAUAAACAGCACUUUCUAUGGGACUGAUGGACUCGCUCUUGAGUACUAUGGUGAUGGAGUGCUGCUAAAGAAUAAUUUAUUCGAGUACAAUGAUUGGUCUGUUACCCUCAAACAAACCCAGAAUGGUGGAUUCGGAACGGUGAUAUCACUGGGACCCAACGAUAACUUUACUCGUAACACUUUGCGUUAUAAUGGCGCUGCGCAUGGAUAUCGUCCGAAUGGACCCAACCCCUUGGUGGAGCUCAACCACAUUCACCACCAGUGCUGGGGAAAUCUGCAGCACGAUGGAGCGGGUAUUCAGUUCCAGAUCCCCUCGCAAACCAACGCUACUUGUCAGAAAAAUUGGGUGCACACGAGUCCAAAACCUGGACUGCGUUUUGAUGCAGCGAAACCACCUCGAGUUGGCACAAAUGGUACCAUGAAAGAGAAUGUCAUUUGGAAAUGCGGUGGUAUCAUCGUUAAGGGUAACUAUCAUCAUGUACUGAACAACCUUCUCUUCCACAAAGGAACUGGGGCGAGCCCUGCUCCAGGCUGCACCUUGUGUGUUCGAAAGUACUUCCCUUCAAGGCCUUUGGUUGAGAUGAACCAGAAAACUGUGAUCCGGCAGAAUGCCGCAGAUGUUGCAAACGGUGGCAGGAGUUCAUGGCCUCUACCGGGUAUUGUGACAAAGAACGUGAUAGGACCUGUACGACCGGAAGUCAUGGACGCAGAUAAUUUAGACUUCCGGCCCCGUGUAACCUCCAAAUACAACGCGGAUAGCGUCGGACCCUACAGGUAUGAUCCCAGAAACAGAUUUUAUUGGAUUCCGGGGCGACAGCUCUACAAGGCUGAUACCCCUGUGCCCCCGAAUGGAAGUACCACUGUCAAGUUCGACAGAGAUGCAGUGAUGUGGCUUAACGCAUACAAAGCCUCCAUCCAUCAUGUGUACUUUGGUACAGACAGGGCCAACGUCGCCAGUGCAACACCGGCUUCAGAUGAGCACAAGGAGAGAAUCAUCGAUAAUGGUAACGUGCAUUACCUUACUGAAAGUCUUUUAAAAGGAUCUACAUACUAUUGGCGGGUUGAUGCUGUGAUAACUGCCGCGACUACUCAUAAGGGAGACGUAUGGACUUUUCAAACCGAGUGAGAACAGAUCAGAACACUGGUGGAAAGGAUGACCUCAUCAUGAUUCUCACCCAGACGCUG